AAAACAUGAGUUAUCUUUAAUUUUGUUCUUGAUGCGUAAAUUUACCUUUGUUUAAAGUUUGAGGUAUAAAUUGAGCGGGGAAUCGAUUGUUAGGCACUUUACAAUUCUCAGUUUGGUCGCCACAGUAGGUUCCGUUUUAGUUUGUUGUCCGAAACGAGUUAAAGGAAAGCAAUGGGAGACAAUUUUCACGUUACACAUAGAUAUGUCUUAGACAAUGAUGUACGAUAUAUGUAUAGUGGAAGUCCUUUAAGCAUGAUGUAUAGAAAUCCAGACUAUCCGAACUUCGACAUGCUAAGGUUAAAAAGAGAAAAUACAUCAUUUAGGAGAAACAUCCUACAAAAUCAAAUGAAUGGAACUUUCCUAGUACCAAGGAAUCCAGCUCUACGAUCAUUCUCCCGUCAUGACGUUAGUGGCAUGGUCAACAGACUUCAACGAACGACCAUUGCCAGGGUUGGAGUUUCGGAAGAAAACUUAGACAAAUUAAGAUGCAGGGAUGAUGUUAUGGAACCUGAUAAAUCUGGAUACGCUUCUUACAGAAAAUUACCUAAAGCACAGGUGGACAGAAUCGUGGAAAGAUUACUCAAGAGUAGAACAAUUAUGAGCUCAAUGAAGGAAUACAAAGCACCAUUACCGCUGAUGACUGGCCUCUCUACCAGUUAUACAAAAUUAGCAAAUUCUAAAGCUUUGCAUGGAGUAGUGCCAGUUGUUAGAGUAUGAUAAAAAAAAAAGUGAUAUUGUAAUAAUGAAUUUUUACACACGGAACCUCCCAAGAGCUGUGACGACCAACCGUUGAAGUACUUUACCAAUGCUGAGAUACCAUUUCAUUCAAACAUUGGGACUUGGCCAUCAAAUGAACUUAUCUUAUAUUCUGACAUUUUUUGUAUGCCAAUAUCACUUUGCUUUUAAGUUAUACUUCGACUUUAUUAGCAGAUCAUGCAUAGUCCGAAAGAAAUCUGGGUUUUUUAUAUUGGGAAACAAAGGAAUGAUAUUGUUCCAGUAAUUUUUUAUAUCAAAAUUUUUGUUCUCUUCGUUUGUUGAUGUUCAUUCGUUUUUACCUUUUACGUUUAUGACGGAUAAUGCUUAUUCAUUCUGGUCACCUUCGAAUAGCGCUUAACACUUUUUCUUCUUUUUUCUCCCCUUCAUUGUAUUGUAUCUUGUUUUGUUUACUAUGUUUAAUGUGUUUUGUUUUAUUUUGUUACAAAAGUUACAUGCAAUAAAAAUGAUAGCUUAUUUAGUAAA